GUGACAACUCUCGCCGCUGCUCUCGUCAUCAUGACACCGUUUCGAUGGCUUUCUCUUCUCCUCGCCUCCAUUCUCUAUGCCAGCAGCAGCGUCGACGCUCUCGACGCCAUACCCGACUGGCUCGACGGAGGCCAAUGUCAACGUAUUGACAGCGUGACACUCUGCAAUGGGAGAGAAUAUAAUGACACGCUGCUGCCGAACAAAUUCGGACACAACACGCAGAGGGAGGCGAGUCUCGAGAUCAACCAGUACGUUCCGCUCAUCCAGCACGGUUGCUCGCCCGAGCUGCGGUUCUUUCUCUGCGCCACCUAUCUGCCCGCCUGCCUACCCAAUCCGGUGACCAACAGUCAUGUAACCGUGCAGCCGUGCAGAGAGAUGUGUCUGAGAGUACGCAGAGACUGCGAGGAUACGGUCGUCGAGUGGGGAUUCACGUGGCCCGCAGCACUCGAUUGCACCGGUCUGCAAUCGACGACCAUCAAUCCCAACGCCGUCUGCUUCUCUAACUUCACCGGAGCGCCUACAAACCUCACGGACACAAAAGUCGACAGUGGGGUCGACGAACCCGUUGUAAAUGUCAAGCAUUCGUCCUGCUGGUGGCUUUUUACGAACAACAGCAAGGCGAGGCAGGAUCCGUGGUGGUGCGUCGACUGCGAGUAUGAUGAAGAGGGGGAGACGGAGGAGCAGGGAUUUUAUUUUACAAAAUCGCAGCAAUCUUUUAUGAAGGCUUGGCUCGGUGUUUGGUCUGUGUUGUGCUUUAUCUCGACGCUCUUUACGGUCAUCACCUUCAUCAUGGAUCAGACCCGCUAUGCAUAUCCUGAACGACCGAUCAUCUAUCUGUCUGUGUGCUACAUGUUCUACUCGCUUGGAUUCAUCAUUCGAUUAGGAGCCGGUGACAAAGACGUCGCAUGUAGCAAAGACGGCAGCAUCGAGGUUCUCAUCAAGGGCGACGCAAACUACGCUGGUUGUACAGUCAUCUUCAUGAUUCUCUACUUCUCGUUCAUGGCAGCAUCGGCCUGGUGGGUAAUCUUGACUCUCACCUGGUUUCUCGCCGCCGGAAUGAAGUGGGGAAAUGAAGCAAUAGAAGGGUACGCUCUCUACUACCAUCUUGUGGCCUGGCUCAUUCCACUCAUCAAGACCAUCGUCGCUCUCAUUCUGCAGAAAGUCGACGGUGACGAAUUGUCGCGAGUCUGCUUCGUAGGCGCGCAGGACCCGCCAGCGUUGGCCGGAUUUGUGCUCGCGCCGCUCUGCAUCUAUCUUAUUUUGGGGACGACCUUCAUCAUCUCCGGCUUCACCGCUCUCUUUCGCAUUCGUGAAGUUAUCAAGCACGACCGCACGCGCAGCGACAAACUGGAAAAACUGAUGAUUCGCAUCGGCGUCUUCUCCGUGCUCUACACCGUGCCCGCCACCAUUGUCGUCGGCUGUUAUUUCUACGAGUAUUUCACGCGAGACCUGUGGGCGCCAUAUGCAGAGGUCGACUAUCUCGAUAUCACUGAGGUCGACAGACAUUUGGGUGGAGGUUCGAUACUUCGCUGCCAUUCGGGAGAAGAAUCGUGCCAACGAGCCGCCGCUGCUGUAUUCUACGUCAAAUAUCUGAUGUCGUUAAUCGUCGGGGUCACGUCGGGCGUUUGGAUUUGGUCCGGCAAGACCGUCGCGUCCUGGAAAAAAUUCGUCAACGUUCAUAUUCUCCGCGUCGACCCGCGUCAACAUCCGAGCAGCGAAACGACCGUUUAACGUCAAAAUGUGAGAGAAAAGGGCAGUCCUAUUGGCCAUUAGCGGACGCUCAUUGUAUAGGAAUGAGUAAACUGUAGCAGCAACAGCGGAUGUGUCAAUGUGACAGGCUUUUAAUUAACUUUAGCUCGAGCUAGAUGACUCCUCUUGUAUUAUUCGACGCUUCUUUCAGUUUAGACGAAUGAAUUACGAUAAGGUCUAAA